CUUAUCGAUCGAUCUGAUAAGAGGACAAUUUAAAGGCCAGUCGCAGAGCAUUGCGCCAAAACAGAACAAUACAAAGGAGAUAGAGUGUGCAGGCUUCAUAUGCAGAACAAGACUAUUGCAGAUAACUCUUAAUAAUGCUCCUCUUACUCGUUGUCACUGUGUGUGGAAGCAGCAUCGGCGUGGAGAGCCUCCCGUUGCCCGACUCUGGCCCACAUCUGGCGAAUGACUGGGGAGAAGCGGUCCGGCUGCGACAUCUGUACGCGGCCCGGCGAGGUUUACAUCUGCAGAUUCACACAGACGGAGACAUCAGCGGAUCGCGCACGCAGAGCUCGGACAGUUUGGUUGAGAUAAGUCCGGUGGACACAGGCAGUGUUGCCAUUAAAGGAGUUGCAAGCUCCCGAUUUCUCUGCAUGGACAGAAGAGGGAAACUCUAUGGAUCGCACACUUACUCUAAGGAGGACUGCUCUUUUCUGGAACGCAUCCUUCCAGACGGCUACAACAUCUACAUCUCGUGCAACUAUGGAGUCCUUGUGAAUUUGGCUAAGCUGCACAGUAACGAGGGGACUGCAACAUCCCAGUUUCUGCCCAUGGUGAACACACUUUCUCAGGACCCCACCGGACGCCACUCAGGGGAACAGCGCUCUCCCGCCGGCCCCGGACAGGACCAUCAGUUAGGCCUUCAGAUAGACAGUAUGGACCCUUUUGGAAAGAUCUCUCAGAUUGUGAUCCAGAGUCCCAGUUUCAACAAAAGAUGAGGAGUGAACAAUCACUUGCGGAUGUUUUAAGGAAACGACCCCGAGGUCGAGAAGCAGAAUGA